UUUUAUUUUAGGAGAAACCGGCGGAAAGAUAGAGAAGAGGCCACAAACGAUGAUAACGAAGGUACCGGAGGGUGAUGAUUUUCUAAAACCAUGCAACCACCAGUUGGAUCGUGAUACUGAGACUCCGAAAGUGAAGGCUAAUUUGAAUCACUUACGCAUGGAUAUUGCUUUUGAAAAAGAGUUUAUGAAGAGUUUUUCAAGUAAUGUUGUUCCGCCCAAUGACAUUGGUGUUAAUUUUGAUGACAUUGGUGCACUUCAGAAUGUUAAAGACGAGUUAAAGGAAUUGGUAACUAUUCCUUUUAAACGGCCUGAACUCUCUUGCAAGAGGAAAUUAACAGAGGUUUGUAAAGGAAUUCUCUUGUAUGGACCUCCUGGAACCGGAAAGACUAUACUUGCAAAGGCAGUGGCAAUGGAAGCUGGUGCUUACUUCAUCAACUUCUCAAUGUCAAGCAUCCCACCUAAGUGGUUUGGUGAGGCUGACAAGUAUGUCAAAGCUGUCUUUUCAUUGGCCAGUAAAAAAGCUCCUUGCGUUAUCUUUGUGGACGAGGUUGACCGCUUGCUAGGCCAAAGAAGAGAAAACCUGAAGGGACAGCAGGCCACACAGGCCACGCUGGAGAUAAAAAACGCCUUCAUGAAACAUUGGGGCCUUCUAUUGAAAAAGGAGAAGGACUGUGUUCUGGUUCUUGCAGUCACAAAUCGACCUUUUGACCUUGAAGAGACUGUCAUUGGACAGUUUUCCCAUAGGUUGCUGGUGGGAUUACCAGAUGUUCAGAGUAGAGCACAGAUACUGAGGGUUAUACUGAAAUAUAAAGAUCUUGAUGGAGUUGCUUGUAUGGCUGAUGGAUAUUCUGGAAGCGAUCUAAAGAAUCUAUGUAUUAAAGCUUCCCUCCGUCCAAUCAUGGAAUUAUAUGAGAAGGAUAAAAGUGAGCGAGAUGCUGCUCUGGCUGAAGGUAAAUUUCCUCCAGCUCCGUAUGUAAGUUCUGAUGUCCGAGCUUUGAACAUGCAAGAUUUCAGCUACUCAUUUGAGGAGGUGUGCUCAAGCGUCUCGUCAGAGUCGGUGGGCAUGACGGAGCUUCAACAAUGGAUCGAACGCUACGGUGAAGGUGGUUCUAGAAAGAGGACGCGAGACAGCUGCUUUAUGUAAUACUAGGUGACUAGGUAGAGACCCGCCCAAGGUCUGGAUUUAAAAGUGCUAUUAUAUGAAAUUAAUCAAGGGCGUAUUGUUUUCAGUGGGAGAAGGAAUCACGUGUUAGAGACAACACAGUAAUAAUAAUAUAACAAUACAAUAUGAUGAAUUAUAAGUAUCGAAGCAUUUUUGUA